ACCCUCUGGCGCUGGAGAUUUCAUGGUGCCACAUCCUACCACCCUGGGUGAUGAAAUAACAUUUCUGUUUUGGUUUUUUUGCCAGCCCUAGGAAAAGAAAAGUUUGAGCAAGGUUAAAAUGUCUUGCAGUUGAAAGAGAUGGGAGAUAAAAUUAAAACUUUGAUUUGAUGGUGCUAGUCAUAUAAAAGUCUACUCAGAAGUUACAUUUUUAAAAUAAACCAUUUAACUAAAGGGAGGUUGUGGUUGUUAUUUUAUUGUCUCUUCCCCCAGAGAAUAAGUUGGGAAAAUCCAGUCCCCCUCUUAGAAGGCUUCAUGUAGAAGUGUGGGGACCCUAGGAAUCCUUGGAGAGUGAUUUCAAUAGUGGUUCUCCAGCAUUUCACCCCCUCGUGUGAGAGUGAGCUUCAGCAAUGCUGUGGAAAUACUUAUAUUGCCACAGACAUCAGAAUUGGUAAAAUGGCAGCCCAUGAAGCCUCCCAUCACCAACAGCAGGCAGCACAGAACAGCUUGCUGCCUCUCCUGAGCUCUGCUGUGGAGCCCCCUGAUCAGAAACCAUUGCUUCCGAUACCAAUAACUCAGAAACCUCAGGCUGCACCAGAAACAUUAAAAGAUGCCAUUGGGAUUAAAAAAGAAAAACCCAAAACUUCAUUUGUGUGCACUUACUGCAGUAAAGCUUUCAGGGACAGCUAUCACCUGAGGCGCCACGAGUCCUGCCACACAGGGAUCAAGUUGGUGUCCCGGCCAAAGAAAACCCCCACCACGGUGGUUCCCCUGAUCUCCACCAUCGCUGGGGACAGCAGCCGAACUUCGCUGGUCUCAACCAUUGCAGGCAUCUUAUCGACAGUCACUACAUCUUCCUCGGGCACCAACCCCAGUAGCAGUGCCAGCACCACAGCUAUGCCUGUGACCCAGUCUGUCAAGAAACCCAGUAAGCCCGUCAAGAAGAACCAUGCUUGUGAGAUGUGUGGAAAGGCCUUCCGAGAUGUGUACCACCUCAAUCGGCACAAGCUCUCCCACUCGGACGAAAAGCCCUUUGAGUGUCCUACUUGUAAUCAGCGCUUCAAGAGGAAGGACCGGAUGACUUACCACGUGAGGUCUCACGAAGGAGGCAUCACCAAACCCUACACUUGCAGUGUUUGUGGGAAAGGCUUCUCGAGGCCUGACCACUUAAGCUGUCACGUAAAACAUGUCCAUUCAACAGAAAGACCCUUCAAAUGCCAAUUUUCCUCCCUCAUGCAGACGUGCACUGCUGCCUUUGCCACCAAAGACAGACUGCGGACACACAUGGUGCGCCAUGAAGGCAAGGUAUCAUGUAACAUCUGUGGGAAGCUCCUGAGUGCAGCAUAUAUCACCAGCCACUUAAAGACACACGGGCAGAGCCAAAGUAUCAACUGCAAUACAUGCAAACAAGGCAUCAGUAAAGCAUGUAUGAGUGAAGAGACCAGCAGCCAGAAGCAGCAGCAGCAGCAGCAGCAGCAGCAGCAGCAACAGCAGCAACAUGUGACGAGCUGGCCAGGGAAGCAGGUGGAGACACUGAGGCUGUGGGAAGAAGCUGUCAAAGCAAGGAAAAAAGAAGCUGCUAACCUGUGCCAAACCUCCACGGCUGCUACGACACCUGUGACUCUCACUACUCCAUUCAAUAUAACAUCCUCUGUGUCAUCUGGGACUAUGUCAAACCCAGUCACAGUAGCAGCUGCAAUGAGCAUGAGAAGUCCAGUAAAUGUUUCAAGUGCAGUUAACAUAACCAGCCCAAUGAACAUCGGGCAUCCUGUAACUAUAACCAGUCCAUUAUCCAUGACCUCUCCUUUAACGCUCACCACCCCAGUCAACCUCCCCACCCCCGUCACUGCCCCAGUGAAUAUAGCACAUCCUGUCACAAUCACAUCUCCAAUGAACCUGCCCACACCUAUGACCUUAGCCGCCCCUCUCAAUAUAGCAAUGAGGCCUGUAGAGAGCAUGCCUUUCUUGCCCCAAGCUUUGCCUACAUCACCGCCUUGGUAAACAGUAUUAUAAAGUCAAAAUAUGGGUUAAAGUAAAUAUUUACCAGCAACCUGCUCUUAGUUGAUUAAAGCAAAAAGUAAACCAUGAAAUUGGAAGGUUUUAUUCCAUUAGUUAAUAAGAGUGUAGUAGCAUUUUUCUCCAAUUUGGCUGGGAUUGUUCAAAGUAGGGUGUACAUGUAACUUAUCACUGGACCACUUUAGUUUCAUCAGAAAUUCCUUUUAGCUGACAGCAUUGCUUAAACAGAAUAUUAGUUGGCAAGAUGAAAUGCCAGAAUUAAAACCAGUCAUAAAAAGGCAAAACCCACUUCAAAAUAAAACAGCAUUACUGUUUCUAAUCCCAAAAAAUCAUUUUAUUCUAAACACUAGCAGAGCUCUUCUCCCUCUACAAAGUGGAUGGCUGAUUUUAACCUGAAAUUCUAAAUCCACAGAUUGAGAGCUAGUGUAGAAUUGUCUUUGUCUAUUGUUUUUAUAAGUAAAUACAUGCAUUGUCAUAAUAAAAUGCAUUUCAGAGAAUAUGCAUUUUACCUUUGGGAAUAUGUUAAUUUCAGGCAGCAUUCCCUAUGGGAAAGGUGAUACCAGCUCUGAUAUGCAAAGCAUAUGAUAAUUUAUCAUUCUAACUUCAACAUAUAAUAGGGAUUGUGACCUGAUAUUUGGAGAUGUAAAUAUUACUCAGCAUAUUAAUCCUGAUGGAAUAUAGCACUGUAGUUGACUUUUUAAAAAAAUUUAAAAAACAAAAAAUAAAAUAUACAAAUUGUGUUUUGGUAAAAAAAAAAAAAAAAAAAGAAAGAAAAAAGAAAAAAGCCGCAGCUGACAAAGGAGAAGUCAAGUUUGCGGACAGGCAGGCUCCUAAAAAAAUGGAGGCCAGUGAGAUUCCUGUUGAGGAGCCAAGGAGUACUUUGGAACAGUUCAAAUAUACUGCUUUAAAUUGGAAGACGCUGGAGGCACUGGGAUGUGAUGCCCCCCUCUCUCCCAAUCAGAACCUGUUGAUGUUACAACAGGAACAGAGGUGUUAGUUGCUCAUUAGAGUUGAUGUCUUAUAUUAAAUUGUAUACAGUUUUUAUUCUAACCACUAACUAGGUAGUAUGCCCCUUCAGAACAAGCAGAGUGUAUCGUUUUUUAAAAAAAUUCUCCUUCCAUUUAUUAAUCAUGUAUUGUGCAGAUUGGUUCAACUUUGUAAAUAUGGACAUCACUUUUUUUUUUCUUUGAGAAAACACUUGUAUCAGCUUUGUGGUGUUUUCAGGGAGACAGCUGUCUGCACUCCCUGUAGAAACCCAGCAAUGAUUGUGCAUGUUGAGACAUGUGCUUUUUAUUUCUUAGCAGGAUGUUUUAUCUCUGUACAUAAAGUAGAAACCAAAAGCUAGGGAAACAGAUACUCUACACCAUCAUGCCACACUUAAUAUUUUUUUAAAGCAUUAUGCUUGGGAAAAAAAAGUUAACUAAAACCAAGAUGCUAUGAUUUUUUUUAAGUUGCAAUAUAUUUUUGGUUUUUAUUCAUCUUUUAAUCUUGCAGUUCAGAGAAAUGGAAAUUAGUUGUGUUAAUCUUGCAGAAUGUUUGCAGGACUAUCAAACUGGAUGACUUCCGUUUAUACCCCACUGUGUCAGUUCAAGCAUCAAAAUACCUUGCAUCUGAGGCAGACUUUCUACAUCAGGGACAGGUAUCUGUGUGUCAUUAUACAAAACAGUUCUAGGGGGUUGAACUACAUAGUAAAUAAAUAAAUAAAUAAAUAGUACUUAGUGUAAAAUAAUUUUAUAAAUGAUCUUUUGUACUUUAGGACAUUAAAUUGUACAACUUUUGUAUAUAUAAAAGCUUAGGAACUUUCUGUUUAGCAGGAAGGCAACACAUUCCUACACUUUUAAUGUAUAUGUUUGUUAUAAUGUCCAUGUAAACAUGCCCUAUGUUUGUGCCUUUUAAUUAGUUUGUCUCAAUAAACAAAAUGUAGAGAAAAAUAUGUAGCUAUGACUUUGUUACAACUGUUCUUAUCCACAGUACAAAAUGGUUUGUUUUUAAUAUGUAGAGCAUUGUGUGUGGACUACUGGAAGGACCCAUGUAGAGAAGGCCCAAGAAUGGCCUGCUGAGGCCUGGAUUGGGAGGGCAGUGGCCAUAUUGCAAGGAGGCCCACGUUUCCUAGCAUGCAGACCUUGGAAUAGGUUCUGACUCUGCCUGCUGGGACCUGUCUUUCUCUGUGGGCUGACAGCCACCGUCUGCCAUGAGUUGAACAGCCUGGGCUUCCUCCACAGUGGUCCAAAGAGCAGUCCUCAGUGGGGGCAGGUAUGGGCCCUAACUCCAGGCUGGAGUGUGGUCGUCAGAACCCUGAAAGUAUUAGUAAUUAAAACAAGGAAAAAAAAAAGAUAUAUACUAGAAAUGAUUGUUUUAUCAAUUCAUUGUAUAAUAAACAGGAGUGAGACUUCAUUGUAUGACUUCAGUUAAAAUGCUA